UUUGAAUACGUAUUGCACCUAUUAAGUCCUGACGAAAGAAUUGGCCAUGUCGAAUGCGGACUGGAGGAGUCAGCUUGCAAAUUUUGUGGAUGGUACCGACAGCAACCUGAGGACCUUGCGCAAGGAUGUAAUGCCUCAGCAGCCUUCUAAUCCUUCUGUACCGAUUGGAGGCCGGGCACCAUCUCGGCAACCAGAAGCCGUUGCUAAUGCGCGUGCGGAACUUAGUACGCUCUUGGCAGCUGUACAGGGCUCUCUGGCCGACUUGCGGGUCGAGGUCGCAGCAGCUAAGCGGCUAUCAACGAAUGCCGCAGCCGUCGCGGGUGAUAUGUCGCCUGCAGCCAAGGGCCCAGCGGUUCGUUCUUCAUCAGCGCACGGCCGUCUACGAGAAUCGCGCCCUCCCCAAGAACUUACCCCACCAGCCCAGCUCCGUAUGGCCCCUGUCGCCGCACCAUACGCUCUUGGACAGCCUUUUGGGCCCUUAAUCGUGUCCCCACCAGUUUCGCCCCCAGCGAUGAUUGCUGCCAGCACGCCCGCCAGUUCCAACGGCCCGCACAACGAGGAGCUCGUAAAGGCCAUAGACCAGCGGCUGCUUGAGCUGGGCCACAAGAUUGAGCGCUCCCUGGAGCGGUCGAUGGAGGAGCAGACCCUGCGGUCCCAGAUCCAGCAAGCGGUCCACGCUGCAGCUGCCAUGCAGCAGCAACAAGUGGUGCUCCGCAGCAGUGUGCCGUCUCCACCGUACUCGGGCCUUGGGACCCUCGCCGCCGGCGGUGCACUUGUCAGCGUCGUUCCAGACGGCAACGUAGCUGCUGCCGGCGCCGGCGGUGUGGGUGCCAACGGUGCUACUGGCGGCAAUGCUAGCUCGCCUGCCGGGACUUCCUCGCUGGCGGUGCUUGCAAUGAACAAGGCUGAUGCUGCGGAGAAGCUGUCGACGGAGGUCCGCAGCGAGCUGCUGCUGUUGCAGAAGCAGGCUGGCAAGGAGUCGGAGGACACUGAGAAGCGACUAACGGGCCUCCAGGACGCGUCACGGCAGCAAUGGGAGAAGUUGUGCCAGGUGUCAUCCCAGGUGGACUCUCUGCUGGCCCAGAGGACUGGCACUGCCGAGCUUCAGGCGGAGGUGGCACGCAUCUCUGCUAAGCUGCUGCAGCUCGAUGGCAGCCAGGACCGCACCGUAGCCAGCUUGGAGGAGCAGCAGCGCCUCAUGCGCCAGCUUACAGCAACAGUGCAGAAGCUGACGCAAGAUGCGGAAUCUGAGCACGCCAUACACGCCAGCCGGAACGGCGAGAUUGCUGCAAAGCUCGACGCGGCAGCGGCACGGGCAGGGGAGCUUGAGGCGCGUGUAUCGCGCGUUGGCGACGUCGGGGCUCGGCUGGAGCGCUUGGGCGACGUGGAGAUGAAGCUGGGACGCUUGGGGGAGCUGGAGAGCCGCGUUGCACGCAUUGCCGACCUCGAGGCGCGUGUCGGGCGCCUGCCGGACGUGGAAGCCCGCGUUUCGCGGCUGGGCGACCUCGAGGUCAAGGUGGCACGCAUGGGCGACAUGGAGGCGAAGAUGGCCCGCCUGGGGGACGUGGAGUCCAAGCUGAGCAGGCUUGUUGACGUGGAGGCGCGGCUGGGUCGCCUGAACGAGAUUGAGGGGCGUCUUGCACGGCUCGGCGAUGUAGAGAGCCGGUAUGCUCGGUUGGGCGACAUGGAGGCUAAGCUUGCACGGCUGAACGACGUGGAGGGGCGGCUGGCUCGGCUCGGCGACGUGGAGGGCAAGCUGGCACGGUUGCCCGAGAUGGAAGCUCGCCUGUCCCGGCUUGGCGAUGUGGAGAGCAGGCUGGCGCGGCUGGCGGAGGUGGAGGCACGGCUAGCACGGCUGAGCGACGUGGAGCCGAAGCUGGCACGGCUUGGUGAUUUGGAGUCUAGGUUGGCACGGCAUGACGACGUAGAAGCCAAGCUGGCGCGGCUGGGAGAUGUGGAGGCCAAGCUAGCGCGGCUGCAUGACGUCGAGGCUCGAGUUGCGCACAUGGGCGAGCUGGAUGCUCGCGUUGCUGCCCUGCAGGCAUCUGUCGCUGCAGUCUCCGCUGCUGCUCGGUCCGCACCUACGCCAGCGGUGGUGGCGUCCCCGCGCUCGGAGCCCGACCCCAGCGUGCCGGAGGCCCUGCGCCGCCUUGCAGCACUGGAGCAUCAGGUCGCGCGGCUGGCUGCGGCUGAGCAGUCCAGCAUGGUGCAGGAUCGCCGUCGUGGCCAGCCACAGCUGCCGCAAUGUGCUGGUCCUUCAAACGACAGCAUGAGGUCUGAGGGGCUUCCCUUGGGGUUGAACAACCUGUGUGUUGAAUCCUCCGGCUCGCCACUAUCCUCCGCUCAUGGUGGCAACAGUCGGCGCCGCGCGGACGAUCGGCCUCUGACCACGAAGGAUCUCGACGACCGCAUCAGGGUGCUGGAGGAUGCAAUCCUACAGAGCAGCUCUUACGGCUCUCCAGGGCCUAACAGGUCGGUGCAGGCCCUCACUGCACGCAUGGAACGACUGGAACAGAUUGUGCGGUCGGAUAGCAGCAUUGAGUCGAUGGCGCAGGAAGCCCGCUUGGCGGUCACCGAAGAAUUCGUACUUGAGCUACGCCGUGACUUCCACGAUGUGGUUGGGCCCACCCUGGAGAAGCUGGCGGCACACGUGUCGGAGCUGCGCAAGGGGCAAGGACAGGGCAACCCCGAGACGGCGAAGAUGGCGGCGGAGCUUCGCCAGCUCAGCAACCGUUUGGACGCAGUGGUUACGGAGGUGACGUCACUGGCUCAAGCCGCCGCCUCGUCCGCAUCCACCGCCGCUGCUGCCAGCGGCACCACCGCACAGCGCCGCCUUAGCGAGCAAUCCGAUUCGGUAACCUCAGCCACACAGGAGCGCCUGUUGGUGCUGGAGGCGCAGGUGAAGGAGCUGGGUAGUGCGGUUGAGGACACCAGCAGCAUCUUCCCACGGCUGCAGCGGCAUCAGGGCCUGCUGGACAGGCUGCAGAUUGAGGUCGAGGGCUUGCGCAGCGGCAUUGCGGCGCAAGUGGCGGAGCUGAAGGCCCGCGCGGAUGUAGGGGACGAGGCAUUUGUGCAGGUGCAGGCAGCCACGGACGAGGCACGCGAGCAGCUGACUGCGCUCGCACGCUUGGACGAGCAGCUGGAAGGCGUCGCAGCUGCCGUACAAGACCUUUCGGAGCGGCUGUGCGAGCAAGGAAAAAAGCUGACGGAGCUGGAGCGGCAGCAGUUGGAACAGCAGGAAGCUGUGGCAGCAGCGAGCGCAGCGGCUGCGGAGUUGGCGGCGACGGCUGCUGCCGCAGCGGCGGUGGCCGGUGCAGGUGCGGGCGUCGUAAGCCGCAGCCUAGACGGGGGGGCGUCUGGCGUGCAAGCCGAAGCCGAGACGGCUAGCUCCGGUCGUGCUGCGGAUGAGGAUGCCGUGGACAAGGCGGCGCUGGAGGAGGUGGCCAACGAGUUGAGAGGGAAGCUUGCGGACUUGCGCAACAGCAUCGGGGAUAUGCGCAAGGAGCUUGGGAGCAAGGUGCAGACGCUGGACGCGCAGACCCGUGAGCUCCUGGCCUUCCGGGAGGAGAUCUCCUCGAGCUUUGUAGAGAUGCAGGAUGACGUGGAGCGUCUCACAGGGCUCGCGGACAACGCGGUUCGCGCAACAAGUGAACACGAUGCCAAGCUGCAGGAGUUAACACAACAGUUAGAGGCGCAGGCAGAGAAGGCCGCCACAGCGGCUGCAGCCACUGUAGCGGCGCAGAGCACAGACGCCGGCGCGGCCCAAGCCAUUGAUCCCGCGGCGCUGGAGGAGAUGAAGGCGACACUGAACGGCCUUCAGCAGCGGGUGUCAAGCAGCGCCUCAGAGCAACACGGCCGCCUGGAGGCCCUUGACGCUAAGGUGCAGGCACUGAGCGAGCUCAUCACAGCGGCCAGCCAGGAUUCGCAGGCCGGCGUGGAGGCCCGCUCACGCGCCGAGGAGCUUGCAUACGAGCUGGCGCAGGCGCAGGAGGCCCUGGAUUCCUUGGCUGUGGACUCUGGUCGCCUGGCGGAGCAACUCGCGGCAGUGGCAGCAGCGGGCGGCAAGACUGCUGAGCAGCUGGAGGGUGUUACGAAGGACGUGCAGGAGCAUGACUCGGCUUUGAAGGAGCUUCAGGGAGGGCUGCAGCGGCUGGAGGACAAGGUCACGGCAAUGGCUGUUGCCUCUUCUGCGCCUAGCGGCAGUGUCGCUGCACGCCUGUUGCAGCAGGUGCCCCAAGCACAGGACUCCACGGAUUGGGACAAGUCCGACAUGUCUCUACCUGGCGACAGCGUGACCCAUGCGCCACGUCUAACCGGAGCGCUGCCGACAUCUCGCUCUUCACUUCCCGGAUCACAAGCCAUCCUCAACCCGCUAUACUCAGCAUCCAGUGAUGACUUCUUUGCCAACGUUGCUCCGCCGGCCGGCACACCGGGACCUGCUCAGCAGCCGACUCCAAGCCAGCUAUCUGCCUCUUCCCAGAACGCCUUCUCCUCCCCAGGCGGAAGCGGUCUGUCCCGGCUACGGAACGUAGACCCGCUGCCUCCGAUGCCGCCACGGCUUUCCGAGGAGGCAUCGGUGCGCGAUAAGGCGCAGUACUACGAAAAGCUUGCCUCCAAGCAGUCGGGCGAGUCCAUUGGGUCCGCCGGUCGCCGCCUCCUGUCCAGCCCUAACAGUGGGGCCUUGGGCGGGCCCGAGGGGCAGGGCACGAUCUCAGAGCCCACCUCGCCACGCCCAUCCGGUAUCAACGUGACUCUGUCCCAAGGUGACGGCGAGCUGGCUUCGCCUAGCGCCGCCGCUGCAGUGGCUGCAAGGGCCGUGGGAAUAGCAGGUCUGCGGCAUGCUGCCCAAGCAGCUGGUGGGUCAGGUCACACUUCGCCGCGCGUUAACCCUGAGGUUGACCCGGCGUCAUCAGCCCAGGAGCCUGUGGUGGCUACCGGUGCGCUGGCGGCCGUGCGUGCGGCUCGCUCCGGUCUAGGGUUGUCUGGGGACCUGUCAUCCUCCCUGGCCCUCAGCCCAAGAGGCGGUCAGGGUGACGGUGGCGACGGCGACGGUGGAGUGACGGACAGUCCUGCAGCGGCGACUCCGCAACACGUUUUUGGGCGCGAGCAAACCUUCCGGAGGGGCGGUGCAGAUGAGGAGGUGCAAGUGAGCAGCGACGAGGGCGAGGCGGAUGGGGAGGUGCAAGGAGAGGAUGCUGAGGGCGAUGGGCGAAAGCUCGGCCGCGAGCAGACGUUCCGUCGGGGUGGCGCAGAUGAGGAGGUAUCUGUCAGCAGUGGCGACGGUAGCGAUGCUGAGGGCGAGGCAGGAGAAGAUGGCGGAGAGGUGCUGGGGCAGCUUCCACUCCAAGAUAAUGAGCCGGACGCCACCUUGCCUGAGCCGCCAGAGGCUGACGACCCACAGGACGGUGGAGGGGCUGCUGUGGGCGCACGCAGCGAUGAUGGUGAUGAUGAUGUCUUUGGUGCUGAUGACGAGGCCGCCCGAGGAGUCUCAGGGGGCCUUGACUUUGGUGAGCGCUCUGGCGAGGAAAAUGCGGGCAGCGGCUUUGACGACGAUGAUGACGAUCUGGAGCUUGCUGGUCUGGCACAGCCAGCUCCGCCAUCGCCGCCAGCGGCCGCUGCUCCUAGGUCUUCGUCUUCAACGGAUAACGGUGAUGACGCAGAUGCUGCUGACAGCGCCCCGGUGCCGGUCAUGGAUGCGAAGCCUGACGCGGCUGCGUCCGUCACGGUCGACCAGCCGCCUCUCGAGGACCAAAGCGGAGAUCUACCACCUGUCGCGGCCCCUUAUGCUGACCCUGCAGCCAAGGUUGAGGCUGCGGAGGGUGAUGCCGAUGAGAAGAGCGAUGACAACCGGUCUCCCUCGGAGAGCGUUGACAUUGAUGAGGACAUCGAGCUCGAGCCUGGCAUCAAUCCUUCCGGCUUUGACUAUGACGAUGAGGACGAGGGGGUUUGGCCCGGCUCCGUUUCCCUCCCUUCCCAGACCAGCCUGCCACAAACCGCCUCUGGCGGCCCGCCGGCUGCCAACAAGACGCCGCCUCAGCCCGCUGUCCCUGCUGCGCCAGCCAGCACCACCGCUGCCCCUACGUCACCCCAACCCACUACGGCUCCCGCCACCGCUGCACCUGCCGCUAAGGAGGCGGACUCCGGCCUCAGCACUAGCGGCGCCCUUGCCGGAGGCCCACAGCUGGCGCCGUUGCAGCUCUCUGGCAGUGCUGCUGCCAUGCUUAGCGGGGAUUCCCUGGGUCGCCGCAAGCUGCCCCCGCUGGGCGCGCUGCCAUUGGGCUCUGGCGCCGCACCUCUUGCGCCCACCUCCCCGCUUACUGCAAGCCGUGGCCUGGACCUGCCGCCGCCGCUGCACCGCUCACCUCUGGGGCCACUGCAGCACAGUGGUAACCUAAGUGGGCACCUGAGCGGAGAGCUGCAGGGACUGGCGCCGCCCCAGGGCCGGCAGGCCAGUGUGGACGCCGGUGGUUGCCACUCUCCCGUCGGGGCACCCAGCGCCUCUGGGGCGCCCGAGGGCCAUCAAUCCAUGUCUGCAUCUAGUCACCUAGUGGCAAAGUCACUGGAAGACUUCACAGCUUCGUUGGGCACAUCUACCGAUCUCCUUGGACGCAAGCUGCUUUCGCCGCUUUCGCCGCUGUCACCACUGGUUCCGCUGCAGCGCGCUCCCGCUGCGGGCGGCCUUGCACCCCUGAAGCCGCCGCCGGGUGUCGCACCCAUUCAAGCCGCAGCCACGUCACCUUCGCGUGCAAAGCCGGAACCUUUGGCGUCAGGCCCGCAUGAUGUAAGCAGCAACAUCGGUGGCGACGUCCAAGACAGCUUGACAGCAAGCGGCUUCUCGGACAUGUCCAUUGGGGACCUCCACAGCUUGGGCCCGGAUCGACGGCGAGGCGAGGCUGUUGCGGAAUCCGCCGCCGACCCAGUUGCCCCGGAGCUCCUUGCGCCGGCACCGCUUGCGCUUCCGCCGCGGCCUCCAAUGCGCCCUGGCGCUGCACCCACAAGCCCGCUGCGGAGCCUCUUGCUUGCGCCGCAAAUCCAUCCUUUUGACAUGUCGGGUGCCGAUGACGACCCCACUCGGCCAGGCCUGCCUAUGGCAGACCCGAGCACGGCAUCGGGCUCGCUUCCGCGCUCGGAGCUCAUCCUGCCAGAUGAAUUUGGCGCACUGUCCGCUGGACCCUCAAGUAGGGGGCUCUCCCGAGAACCCUCCGCUCCCAACCCGCAUGCGGAUCCCAUGCGCCCUGUGGGGGUGGCUGCGGCAGGGCCUGCGCCCUUGCCUGCAACACAGUCGCUCAGCAAGGUCGUGGUGGCAUCACUGCUGGAAACGGCAUCGGACUUUGGGGGGGUUUCGGGCGGCAUCUCGCAACCUGGGCAUGAGGAUGCUCCCUUCCCUGUUGACACCGACAAGGAAUCGGACAAGGAGCCUUCUGGUCAGCAUGCCAAGGAUGCAGGCGCUGUGUCCCAGUCGUCCCUAGACAACGAGUCCUCCUCCGAGCCGCUUGCGCACUCCACAGACCUUGAGAACCAGCCAGCAGAUGCAGCGCCACUUGCUGUGCCUGCGGUUGACACGGCCGCUGAGCUGACAACACGCCCCUCCGCCAGCCAAGCCAGCACCCCAGUCGUGAGUCCCAUGCAGAGCCCCAACGCUAAGCACGACCGUAGCAAGUUCGUUCGGAAGACGCAAUCUCCUGGUGCUGUUCCCCCGCCUCGCCUGGUACCUGCAUCCUCCGUCGAUGCUGUGGUAGCAGCUGCUGGUCUCACUGAGGAGGCCGACCACGACGCCGAUGUUAACGAUACCGCGACCAGCUCGGCGGCACUCGGAACCACGGCUUUGGGUGCCCCGAAGACCGCCUCCUCGGUACAGGGUUCUGAGGCCGAGCCCAAGCCAUCCGAAGGGGAUAGCUUUGGUGAUGACAACGACUAUUCUAUGGAUCUGGAGCUCCCAGGGAUGGGCGGCACGACUGCCAGCAAGGACACUGUUAGCGCGGCUGCUGCUGCCGGCCCGAGCGCCCCUGCAGGCACCCUUGGGCGGGCUUCGGGCCUGCCACCGCUGCACCCUGGCACCCGCAGCAAUGUAGCGGCGGCGCCCAGCACCGCGGCACCAUCGGGGCACGAGGCAGCUACCAGCAGACGCAGCAUGUUUACGUCUGAGGACAGCCUUGCGCUGGUGGCGCCGGAGGAGGGCGCGGAUGAUGGCAUCUUGGGGGCUGGCAGCGAGGAGGACAUCUUUGCGGAGAGCGCGGAUGUCGAGGCGAUGGGCGGGGUGUCCCUCGACAUCGGCUCGGAGUCGUUGGCGGGCGGAUUGAGGACCUCGCGGAGCGUCUUCAGCGCGGGUGAUGAUAGCCAAACGCUGGCGCAGCAGGAUGAGCCGCAGGCAGAAUCCAGCAACGGCUCCCUGGACUUCAACGGUGACGUGUGCAUGGAGGCCGAGCGUAUCGCAACCAUGCUGAGCGUCAGACGGUCUAACAGCUCCGGCAACGCAGCGAGCGCAAGCAACAACGCACAAGACGACACGCCCUUCCCAGCCAACGAGCAAAGCACGCAGGAGGAACCAAGCGGUCUUCUGGAAGAUGACGGCCCAAGCCAUGCUCCAACUGGACCUGCAGCCGCAGGCACCGAGGCCGGCAACUCCGGACUCAUCCAAGGCAGCCUGGACUUCUACGAUGAGGACGAUGACGGCGCAACCAGCAGCAGCGGUAGCAGCGCUGCGGGGACAAACACGGCAGCUGCGGCUGGCUCCGAGGGGGCUGAAGGGGGGCUACAGCGCCCCAGUGGCAAGGGCCUGGCUUUCAGCAGCGAUUCCUCCAUGGAGCUGGAGAUGUUCCGCCCGCCGGCUGCGCAGCAGAAGCAGCAGCCCGAGGUGGAGCGGGAGGCGUCUGCAGGCGGUAGCGGGGAUGGCAGUGCUGGCGGCACAUCGGCAGCGCAGCAGAAGGGGCCGCGGGAAACUGUGAUCGCUGUGCCGUUCGGGCAAUCCCUGGGAGACAUGAGCACCAGCAGCGGCGCUUACCGGUUGCUGGUGGUUACUGGUGACAAGGCUGGCGCAGGCUGCGGCACCGGAGAAGUCCGGAUAACCAUGUACGGCAGCGAGGGCACCGUAGACGCGCAGCUGCGGCCGCCUGAGGAGAAGCGCGUAGACGGAGACGCCGAGUUCUUCACCCCGGGGGCAGUGGACGAGUUCAUGGUGGACACCACAAACGACCUCGGUGACCUGUCAGCCGUCUACAUCUGGCACCAAGGCGAGGGCUUCAGUGCCUCCUGGUACGUGGAGAGCAUCACGGUCGAGCAGCUCAUGACGGGUCUGGAGUGGGCCUUCGAGGUGCACGACUGGGUGCGGGGCGGCCAGCGGGGCGGCCGGGUCGUGCGGCUGCCGGGCGCACAACAGCUCAGCAUCAGCCGUGAGAACAGCCUGGCCCGGUUGGCCGGCACGCAGCCCACCUCGCCGCUAGCCCGUACCUCGCCGGGUCCUUUGCCGGGGACUGCGGGCGCUAGUAGGCCUCCCCGCCUCGAGCCCAUGGGGACAGCUCCAGGCGCCUCCGGAGCUCCAGGCUUGCCGCAGCGGCGAGGCAUAUCCGCACUGGGCGACGAGUCCAUGGACGUAUCCUCGGACCUGAACUCGCCAGUGGAGGGAACCAGUGGGCAUGGCCAUGCCUUUGUCGCAGGUGCCCGGACUGGCGGCUUCGGCGCCGCAGCAUUGCCGCCCAUGCCGCUUGGCCGGCCGUACUCCACCUUGGAGGCGGUGUACCGGCCGGUGGGCACCAGCCGCCUCAGCGGCGAGCGCAGCGCGGGAACAGGCACCGGCACCCACAGCGAAAGCGUGCACUUCAGCGAGGACGACGAUGGGGAGGACCUGCUCCCUGGCAUGGGCGGUAGCGGCAGGACAAGUGGCGAUAUCCCGGCUGGGCUGGGGGCGUCGGCAUUUGCUGGGCCCGGUGGCGCUGCUGCAGCGGCGGCGGCUGGGGGUGCGGGCGGAGUUGGCCGCAUGGCGUCCAACGUGCCCUCGGGCCUGGGGCUGGUGCUGGAGGAGGACAUCGAGGAGGUGGACGGCAUGCUGUCCAGUGCUGCCUACAGCUUGGGCCCCGUCUCCACUACCCGCAGCGGCCCCGCGCUCGUCAGCCCUCGCCCACCGCUUCCCCCCGGCGCCCCUCGCCGCCGGGAUCCCUUUGACGAAGUAGACAGCACCGGCGCAGACGCCCCCACAGGCACCCGCCGGCAGCAGGCACUCCCACCAACACCGCCCAUGAACCGCCGCAGCAGCAACAGCGGCGGCGGCGGCGGUGGCUCCCGCCGGCAAUCCUUCACCGGACUUGAGGCCGAGGGCUCCUUGGACUCAGUCGGCAGCGGCACUGGCGGCGGCCGCCGGCGAGUGCGCAUCUCCGGCGGUGAUGACGACGACCUGGCUUCGGAGGCGUCCGUGGAGGGCAGCGAGCUGUCCGCCACCUCCAUUGCCUCGCUCUGCAUGUACGCGCCCAGCGGCAUCCGGCCACCGGCGCUGGAUGGCGGCAGCUACGCUGUGGAGUUCAUGGGCACCGGCCGGAAGAGGGUGUCGUGGGCGGAGUAUGCGGAGGAGUACGAGUUUGCUCGGGAAGGCAGCAGCGGGUCGGUGCAGUCGAUGACGGAGGAGGACCUGCUGGAGGCGCAGGGCGAGACCGUCAGGCCGGACGCCUCUCGUGUGGGCUACGACGACCUCAUUCGCAGCGCUCACACCAUCGCUGGCAGGGCUGCAGCCGCCGCCUCGCCGGGACCCAGCGGCACGGAGCAGCCCGCGGGCUCCUCGCAGGCAGAGGGCGGAGGUGACGGCACGGGCUUCAUGGAGGUGCCCCUCAAGCGGCGCCACGGGCAGCACGCCAACUCGUACGGCUACAAGAUCAAGGUCUUCACCGCGGACCGGAUGAACGCUGGCCUAGGCGGCAGCACGGUGCACGUGGAGCUGCUGGGUCGGGACGCCACCGUGGCGCAGGAGCUGCCCAAGGGCAGGGGCUCCUUCCAGCGCGGCUGCGUGGACCGCUUCACGCUGUACAGCCACGCGGGGGACAUGGGGCAGCUGCUGGCACUCAAGGUGUGGCACGAGGGCAGGACGCUGGGGCUGGGCAACUGGGGCUUCGAGCAGGUGGUCAUUGACGACCGCCUCAAGGGCACCAGGUAUGUGUUCCGCAACCCUAACACGGACUGCGUGCUACGCAAGGGCCGCCGCCACUGCCUGGUCAUGAAGCCGGCCGUCAGUCGCAUCGAUGAGAGCGAGGACCUUGCGGAGGUGGCGCGGGAGUACGAGACGCAGUUGGUAGCCAACAGGGACCUGAGCGAGGUGGAGCGAGAUGGUCUGCGUGGCAAGUUGGAGAAGAUCAACCAGCGGCUGAGCAAGUUGGGGAGCAGGCUUGCACAGUCAAUGAGCGACAGUUUUGGCUGGAAGUGACGCAGUCCGGGUUCUGUACAGCUUGUUGCAAAUGGCAACUAAGUUUGCUGCUAGCAGUGAUGCAUGCCAUCGAUGCACGGUUGGAUCUUGGGAGCUCACUGCGACUGCAUGUCGACAUGGAAUGCAGCAUCUAAAGACGAAUUUCGAGCAAUAUUUUUGGAUAACUUUAAUCGUUUCCUGCUAUGUUUACUGGCACCAUGCACCCCUGUUUGUCUGGGGAGGACCAAGCCAGACCAUUCGUUCGCGUGCUGCAGGAGGACCAUUCAGGUUUGCGGUCCGUUAUUAUAAGACGAUUAUUCCAAACACCGCAUAGAAGGAGCUGCGAACAAUCGUCUAGGUUUGUUAUAUCGCGCAUUAAGCACUGUUUUUUUGACACAAACAUCUUUGUCGUGAUCGCGCGCCGUACUCCCUCGAACCACGCUGUAACCUUGACUUCUGCCAAGGCAGAUAGAUUUGUUUGAUACACAUUUUGUAAGAUCCACUGAAUCUGUGAACCUCCUUUGCUGGCUUACUUCGCCAAAAUGCAAGCGCUCCGGUGCCCACACAACGUCAGCGCUCGCCGAGUUGCGGCGAGAAACUCGCAGCAUGUGUCGUCUCGCCCCUUUGGAACAGUGUGCUAUCGGCCCUCGCUGGGCCGUGUUUCACUCAAAGCUGUCAAUAAGCAAACUACCGAAGAGAAAAAGGGCAGCGACAGCGCAGCUCGGCAGCUGCUUGGCAUGAAGGGCGCAGCGCUGGAGACGGACAUCUGGAAGAUCCGUGUGCAGCUUACAAAGCCCGUCACAUGGAUUCCGCUAAUUUGGGGUGUGGGCUGCGGAGCAGCUGCGUCCGGGCACUAUCAAUGGAACGACCCAACGAACAUCGCGCAGCUACUCACUUGCAUGCUCAUGUCGGGUCCUUUCCUGACGGGCUAUACCCAGACCAUCAACGACUGGUACGACCGGGAAAUCGACGCCAUCAACGAGCCCUACCGUCCCAUUCCCUCUGGUCGCAUCUCCGAGCGUGACGUCAUCAUCCAGAUCUGGGUCCUGCUGCUGGGCGGGCUGGGGAUCUCCUACGGCCUGGACCUCUGGGCGGGCCACGAGCAGCCUACCCUGCUCUACCUCGCCAUCUUCGGCUCCUUCAUCUCCUACAUCUACUCCGCGCCGCCGCUGAAGCUGAAGCAGAGCGGCUGGGCGGGCAACUACGCGCUGGGCUCCUCCUACAUUGCACUGCCCUGGUGGGCGGGACAGGCCCUGUUCGGCACCCUGACUCUGGACGUGAUGGCCCUCACAGUGGCCUACUCGCUAGCCGGGCUGGGUAUCGCCAUCGUGAACGACUUCAAGAGCAUUGAGGGCGACAGGAAGAUGGGGCUGCAGUCGCUGCCUGUUGCGUUCGGAGUGGACACCGCCAAGUGGAUCUGCGUGUCCACCAUCGACGUCACGCAGCUGGGAGUGGCGGCCUACCUGGCAGCCGGGCUGCAGGAGUACACGUACGCGGGGGUGCUGCUGGCGCUCAUCAUGCCGCAGAUCUACUUCCAGCUCAAGUACUUCCUGCCCGACCCCAUCGCCAACGACGUCAAGUACCAGGCCAGCGCGCAGCCCUUCCUGGUGUUCGGGCUGCUCACCACCGGGCUGGCGGUGGGGCACCACGUGAACCAGCUGGCCGCGGCGGCCGGCAUGUAAGUAGCCAUGAGAAUCCCAGAGACAGCUGUUUCACGGGGGGAUAAACAGCUGAUGUUUUGUUGGGUCUGUUUUGGGGUCAGGGCCGGGCAGCUG